AUGGUAAAAGCACUACAAAUGGAUAUUGUAAAAGUAGUUAGCGCAAAUAAGAAAAGUACAUUUUAUAAACCACCAAAAAUUAGUAGCCAUCCACCUAUCGUAGGCAAGUCAAGUGCUAGAAGCAGUGUAACAAAAGUAGGCAAAAGAUCUUCGAGUCGAAGAGAUUCCAGUAAAUGCAGUAGCCGCUCUGUUCAAAAUGUUUUGGAACGAAUUAACUCUCAGAGAAAUUUAACGUGGCAUGAAAUUAUGGGUUCUUAUAUUUUAGCUGAUUUAGGUCUUCAAUUUGAAAUAAACUUUGAUGAUGAAUUAUGGGCUUGUUUCAAGAGCGUGGAACUAUUGGAAACAAUGAAAUUUAUGCUUCCGGAAAAUGUUAGAUUGAUAGCUAUAAAGAAAGAAAAAACUCAAAUUAAUGUCAAUGCAGUAACAUUAAUGAUUAACAAUUACAAUUCGAUUUUAUAUAAAUUGACCAACGCUCAGAUGCAUCUUUUAAAAGAAAAAAUGCGAGAAAUAGAAUUAAAUAUCCAACCAGGCUUAAUGAGAAUAAAAUGGUCUUCGUUGGGAAUCACUGAGUAUGCUAACGCGAAUUUGAUUUUAAUAAAUAAUUUAAAAACUUUAGUUUUACAAGUAAAACAUGUAGAAAACGACUUAUUGAAGAGAAUUAAGCAGUUAACCAAAAUGAAUUUAUUUGAUUUUUACCAGUUACCAGAGGAACUUGAUCGUCCAUUUUGUAAAGAUUUCUUUACUACGAUGUAUGAUAAACGCACAGAAACAAUGUCAAAAUUAAUGAACAUAUACGAUUCGUUUACACCUAUUCUCAUAAAGCUAGAAACCAUGGUAUUAAAUACAAAUAGUGGACGUUCACCGGUCAUGGAACCAUAUUAUAGUUAUUGGGAAGAGAAAUUGUACAAAUGUUUGAUAACAAUGACCAUAAGAAAUCUGGAUAGCUUUAACGCAAAGUUAGAAACGAAGGAGGGGUGGUCCGAUUUGGAACCACAGACUGUUUAUGUACUUGAAGUGAAAGAAAUGUUGGAUUGUAUCAAUAAAGGACCAUUUAUUUUAAAAACAAUUCAAUCUAGCUAUGGAAAAAGUAAUACGUACGUCACAAAUCACAACUACCGGUUCAAUAUACAGGGUGGUGAAUCGUCAAACGGGCCAUAG